CCUGGGGACCUGGAUUAGUUAGCCACCAAAUUACCCCUUCGCCGGUUGAUUACUAGCUCCGGCAAGGCAGCGCGCCCCCGCUGCGGCCUCAAGGGUCAAAGCCCCGCCACCUCAUCGAGCUCCCUAAUCAAAGAAUCCCCCCGCCAUGGAGAUGGCGGCCGGAGGAGAUCCACCCCCACGAGCGCCCAGCUCAUCAUUGUCGACCACUUGCAUGCGCCAUGUCCUCCGCUCCAACUGAUGGUCUCGGUGGUCGCUCGGAUCCCCUCUAUUUAUACCCCGCCCUCCCGCACAUUCCUUCCCCACCAACCCCCGUACGUCUUCAGAUCUGCUUCCAGCUAGCUGCUAGCUACUAGCUAGUGCCAUCUUCGUACGCAAAGCUUACCAGGUAGCUUAGCUUGGUGAACAUGGCGUCUCAAAGCUUGGACCUUGGGCUGAGCCUCGGCCUGGGCCUGGCGGCGCUGCAGCCCGACUUCUGCUACUCCGGCAAUAAUGCCGGCGCCGAGCGGGAGGCGAGCCCGGCCGCGGCGGAGGAGAGGGAGAGGAGGUGCUCGCCCGCCGGCAGCCCGGUGUCGAGCGGCAGCGGAAGUAGUGGAAAACGUGCCGCGGCGGACAGGUCGGCCGGCGGCGCCGGCAGCGGCAGCGGCGACGAGGACGACGACGGGGCCGCGCGCAAGAAGCUGCGCCUGUCCAAGGACCAGGCCGCCGUGCUCGAGGAGUGCUUCAAGACGCACCACACCCUCACUCCGAAGCAGAAGGUGGCGCUGGCGAGCAGCCUUGGCCUGCGGCCGCGGCAGGUGGAGGUGUGGUUCCAGAACCGCCGCGCCCGGACCAAGCUCAAGCAGACGGAGGUGGACUGCGAGUACCUCAAGCGCUGGUGCGAGCAGCUGGCCGAGGAGAACCGCCGCCUCGGCAAGGAGGUCGCCGAGCUCAGGGCGCUCAACGCCGCGCCGGCGCCGGCGCCCCCGCUGACCACCCUCACAAUGUGCCUCUCCUGCAGGCGCGUCGCGUCGUCGUCGUCGUCCCCCUCUAGCGCGUCCAGCAUUCCCGCCACGCACGCCUCGCACGCGCACGCCGCUGCCAAUGCGGGCGGCAUGGCGUGUCCGGCGGCGGCGACGUUGCCCGGACACAGGCAGUUCUUCUGUGGGUUCAGAGACGCCGCCGCCGCAGCGUACGGGACUUCAUCUGGGCUCGCAAAGGCUGUCAAGGCGGCCAGAUAGCUGUCCGCUGAUCUGAAAUUUGCUCUGCUCUCAGGCUGAUCUGAAAUUUGUCAUGGAAAUGGCAAAGUUUAAGUUGCAACUGCAAAGCAAUUGUAGCUGAAAAGUUUAAAUCUUUCUGUAUCUUUUGAGGGAAAUGCAAAUGUAGUUUUUAACAAAGUUAUUAGGAUCGGUUGUUGAUGAGCUCCGAGGAUCGAUGCUGUAAAUCCAUGCGAAAAAAAAAGCUGUGGAAAUCAAUAACAGUAGACGAAGCUAGCUAACCCUCUGUACCGGAGUUUUGAUUAUCUAAUACUAAUGGAACGCCCCCUUUUUUUCUGUCUGCA